AUGGGGGCUAGAAAUGAAACAGAUGUUUCCAACUUCCUCCUCCUGGGACUGACAGAUGACCCAGCCCUGCAGUCCCUYAUCUUCAGCCUGUUCCUGUCCAUCUACCUGGUCACCAUCCUGGGGAACCUGCUCAUCAUCCUGGCCAUCAGCUCUGACCCCCACCUCCACACCCCCAUGUACUUCUUCCUCUCCAACCUGUCCUUGGCUGACAUCUGUUUAAGCACAAGCACGAUUCCAAAGAUGCUSGUGAACAUCCAAGCACAGCAGCACAGCAUCACCUAUGCAGGGUGUCUCUCCCAGGCCUGCUUUGUUUUGGAUUUUGCAGGCUUGGAAAACUGUCUUCUUGCAGCAAUGGCCUAUGACCGCUAUGUAGCCAUUUGUCACCCUCUGAGGUAUACCGUCAUCAUGAAUGCCGGCCUCUGUGGUCUGCUGAUUGUAUUUUCCCUGGUCAUUAGCCUUGUGAAUGCCCUGCUGCUCAGUCUGACGGUCCUACGGCUGACCUUCUGCACAGCCCUGGAGAUCCCCCACUUCUUCUGUGAACUCGCCCAGGUCAUCAGGCUGGCCUGUUCUGACACCCUCGUCAAUAACCUCCUG